AUGCAGGUGUCAUUUGUGUGCACGGACCACAGAGCCGUUAGCCGGAGCACAGAGGACCGACUGAACCGACAGAACACCAACAGCCCCAGCUUGGGGACCAAAAGCAAGUUCCGUGCCGUGGCGAUGGUGGCCCGCAGCCUGGGCCAACUCUCUGUGCAGAACAUGCCCUCCUCUGGCGACCACUGCUUGAGAACUGGCAUGAAAUAUAGGAACCUUGGGAAAUCCGGGUUACGGGUGUCUUGUCUAGGGCUGGGCACCUGGGUGACCUUUGGUGGUCAAAUCACAGAUGAGAUAGCUGAGCAGCUGAUGACGCUCGCCUAUGAGAAUGGCAUCAAUCUGUUUGACACAGCCGAGGUGUACGCGGCAGGGAAGGCUGAAAUGGUUCUCGGCAGAAUCAUCAAGAAGAAAGGAUGGAGACGUUCCAGUUUGGUCAUCACCACCAAGAUAUACUGGGGUGGAAAAGCAGAAACAGAGAGGGGCUUGUCCCGGAAACACAUAAUAGAAGGUUUAAGGGCAUCACUGGAGAGACUGCAGCUAGAGUAUGUGGAUGUAGUGUUUGCUAACAGACCCGACCCCAACACGCCAAUGGAAGGAGAUCCAUUUAACACUUCAAAAUCAAGAACAUUCAUCAUUGAAGAGAUAGUGCGAGCGAUGACCCAUGUGAUUAACCAGGGAAUGGCCAUGUAUUGGGGCACCUCCCGUUGGAGCUCUAUGGAGAUUAUGGAGGCGUACUCAGUGGCGCGGCAAUUUAACCUGAUCCCACCCAUCUGUGAGCAGGCUGAAUAUCACAUGUUCCAGAGAGAGAAGGUGGAAGUACAGUUGCCCGAGCUCUUCCAUAAAAUAGGUGUGGGUGCCAUGACGUGGUCUCCUCUGGCCUGUGGUAUCAUCUCAGGGAAGUAUGACAGCGGUGUGCCUCCUUACUCCCGUGCCUCGCUCAAGGGCUACCAGUGGUUGAAGGACAAGAUCCUGAGUGAGGAAGGCCGCCGCCAGCAGGCAAAGCUGAAAGAGUUGCAGGCUAUUGCGGAGCGGCUUGGCUGCACGCUGCCUCAGCUGGCCAUCGCAUGGUGUCUGAAGAAUGAGGGGGUGAGUUGUGUUCUGCUGGGGGCCUCCAGCACUGAUCAGCUGAUGGAGAACAUAGGAGCCAUUCAAGUUCUUCCAAAAUUAUCAUCAUCAAUUAUACACGAAGUGGACAGUAUCCUAGGUAACAAGCCCUACAGUAAAAAAGACUACAGGUCCUAAAAGAAAGGCAGUGACACUGUAUUGACCUGCUUCUUUCUCUGAGCUUCGACUGAAUAAAACAUUGGCACCUGGGACCAGCACUGUCACGGGUCCCGCCGGAGGCGUCAACUAGCACACUACAUGGAGUCUGCUGAUAUUAGCCUGAGAGGAGUAGCAGAACUGCACAGGCAGAAAGGAAGCACGCUCACGAUCAAAUCAGAAAUGCCGGCUCAAUAAGCAGAAUGCUGAUCCAACCUAUAACAAACCACUGAAAUCAAAUGCACUGGCUCGCUUCCCUCUCCCCUUCAUAUAGUACACAUUAAACAAAAGAGGUGCAGUAUUUUAGGGUUCCAGAAUUUGUAUUUAAAUGCAUGAGAUCCAUUUGCCAAUGCAUAACGUUUUUUUUACCUAUUCUUUGGAAAAUAAUACAUUUGCAUAAGCUUAUGGGGAAUCCUAAACAUAUCUUUCUCCACAAUGGUACAGAUGAAGCACUUUAGUUUAGUUUAGAGAAUGUAUUAAGUUAUAUGACUGAACAAGGCUGAUUAUGAAGGCAUUUUAUGUUAAUCAUCUUUGACAUAGAUGCUAGUUUUACAUACAUGUGGAAUAUCGUUGCAUUUAUAUCCAAUAUACUGCUUGUUUACAAGGCCUUAUUUGUAUAUGCAUUUUAGUUCCAAACAUGGAGAAGGCAAAUAGCUGUUAGUUAAAGGGGCAUUCAGUAGUUCUCUAGCUAGCAUUAGCAUUGCUCUUCUUCGUGUACUUUAAGUACCGAUACGACAGUUGUGUUAGAAGCUGUACUGCCAUCUGUCGAUGUGGAUCAGCAUGAUCGUCUCUGCCCCUGCCAGCUUUGGAAUAACAUUUGCAUUUGAGUUUGAGGUAAUUUCUAAAGUUGUUACUACUAUAAUAUAAUUGCUUUGCCUAAAAACAAAUGUUAGAAUUCAAGUGAACAGACAACUACAGUCAAGGACAGAUUAUUAUUGUCCCUCGUAUCAAUAAUCUUUGGAGACUGUCUACAUUUCCCGUUAUUUCUAAAGACAGUUAUAAGCUUUAUUAGAGAACUGCUUAGCGUAAAAUAAACCUCAAUUAUCUAGCGAUACAGAAUGUCAAGGUAAAGGAAAGAUUAGAAUUGUUUUUAAUGAUCAAAUUUAGCAUGUCCAUGAAUACUGGGUCCGUGUACCUUCGGAUAAUUAAUUUUCUCAUUUUUGUCUUCAAAACGAAAUAACCAAAAAAAAAAAAAAAAACGCUCAUUUAUCACAUUUCCCGUUAUCUGUCUUUAUCACAUCACAACAAUUUACCUUGUAUCCGCUUGUUUUCAAUUUAAAAAGAAAUAGCCAAAAACAAGAAAACAAAUUUUUCAUUCAUGCAUAUAAACCAAGUUUAUAAAUUGAAUAUUUGUUUUGCACAUGUGGGCGGGCCUGACACCCCUAUUUCCAUUGAUUGGUCAAUACGCGCUAUCAUCUAUUCUUCCUUAAAGGUGCGAUAUGUAAUAUUUUUACUGUACUAAAUCA